UUGCCUUCUCUCUUUCCUCCUUCCUCCUCCUUCAAAACCGUUUAUAUAUAUGAGACAAUCAGCGACCAUCUUCUCUAGCAUUUGCAGAAACUCCCGAGUCCAAGCCCCACCCGAAAAUGAUGUUAGGAGAACCGACCCGACUGCACCCGACCCUCCAAGUCCCUCCGUGGGACCCAUUCGAUGAUCUCACUCCAACGUCGCCGUUCUCUGCCCCAAAUCCCUCCGUUAACAUAAACAGCAAUGCCGGUAACGGAGAUUACUCUCCACUGUCUCCGAUGUUUCUCGACUCGCUCGCCGCACUCCACCGUUACCUUCCGUCGAACGAGUCUGACUCGCUCGGCGACGACCCGGACAUGCCCAUGAACCCGAUCUCCUGCGACCAGUUCCGCAUGUUCGAGUUCAAGGUCCGGCGGUGCGCGCGUGGCAGGUCACAUGACUGCACCGAGUGUCCGUAUGCCCACCCGGGUGAGAAGGCCCGGCGCCGCGACCCGAGAAAGUACCACUACUCGGGCGCCGCCUGCCCCGAAUUCCGCAAGGGCCACUGCGCCAAAGGCGACUCAUGCGAGUUCGCGCACGGCGUUUUCGAGUGUUGGCUCCACCCGGCUCGUUACCGGACGCAGCCAUGCAAGGAUGGGCUGGGCUGCCACCGCCGGGUCUGCUUCUUUGCUCACACGCCCGAACAGCUUCGGGUCCUGCCCGGGCAGAGCCCGAGAACUCACGGGUCGGGCGCUUUCGACUCGUAUUCGUACGGUUCGUCACCCACCUCGAUCCUGAUAUCGCCGCCGAUAUCUCCGCCGUCUGACUCGCCACCAAUGUCGCCCAACAGCCCUCAACUCGGCUGUAACUCGGUGAGUGAACUCGUCGCUUCGAUGCGGAACUUUAAGCUUGCUAAAAUGAAAAUGAGUGCUCAGCCUGCAUGGGGCCCACAAAUGGGAUCUGGGUUUGGUUCUUCUCCACGCGGGUCUGCGCUCCGACCCGCGUUUUGUAGCCUUCCUUCGACUCCGACUCGGACCUCGGGUCGGGUUGGACCCGGGGCGGUUGAUCUUUGGGACCACCCUUGCGAGGAAGAGCCGGCAAUGGAGAGGGUGGAGUCCGGGAGGGACCUCCGAGCGAGAAUGUAUGCGAGGCUGAGUAAGGAAAACUCGAUGGGCAGAGUCGGCCGAGUCGACUCGGGCAUGUCAGCUCCCGAUGUGGGCUGGGUUUCGGAGCUAGUGAGUGAAUGAAACCCGAGUGCAGUGUGAACUCGUUUGUCGAUCGUGUUCCGUUUUGAUUCAUUUUUUCGGCUGAUGCGUUAAAUAUCGGUGGCCUUCUGAUUCUUCUGACCUUUUGUGAAUAGAGGUUAAUUUUGAAACUGUUGUAAAUAGUUGAUGUGAUGAAUUGUGAAGGAAGGAAGGAGAUUUUCCAAAGUCCCGUCCUGCAAAUUUGUACAGAUAAAAAAGAAGAAUUUCUUGAGGCUGCUGGGGAUUUGGGUAGCUGUUGUUUACUUUCUUUGAUCGAUGUCUAUGAAUUGUAAUUUUCUUUUUGCAUCUUCCGUCAAAUUUUCUCGGAUAAUCAUAUCUGUAAGUUCAUUUUCAUGGCGUAAUUAAUGUAAAUUUCCCCAUUUCU